GGCGGGGUGUAACGUCAUCCGGCCGGCUGAGGCUACCUAGUCCGGCCGGUCUCUGCGCGCGGCUACGCUGGUCGCGGGCUCCCAGGCAGCGAGGUUUCACUCUCCGCGCCGCUUUGCCCUGGUCCGCUCACUUCAAGACUUGUGAGAAGAUGGCAGACGAUCUUGGAGACGAGUGGUGGAAGAGUCAGCCGGCAGGAGCAGCCAGCAGCCCAGUGAUUGAUGAUGAGCAGUUGGAAGACCUUGGUUAUAUUCCAGAAUCAUCAGAUCAUGAAGGAGGAGGAGAAACAAAAAUGAUACAGAAGGAGACAGCUGCAAUUCCUGCAUCAUCAAAAAAACCCAAACAGCCUAAAGAAUGUUUCUUAAUAAAACCAAAAGAAACAAAAGAAGAUGUCACCAAGACCAGGAAGAGGAAAAAGAAGAAAAUUACUGAUGUCCUUGCAAAAUCAGAGCCAAAACCAGGGACGCCUAAAGAUCUACAGAAGCUGGUGAAUGACUAUUAUAGCAGUGAUCAUUCAGUGAUUGAAUUAGAAGAACUUAAUCUACCAGAUUCCUGUUUCCUCAAGACCAAUGAUUUGACUCACAGUUUUUCAUCAUACCUAAAAGAAAUUUGUCCUAAAUGGGUAAAACUUCGGAAAAAUCACAGUGAGAAGAAGUCGGUCCUGAUGCUGAUCAUCUGCAGCUCAGCUGUCCGAGCUCUAGAGCUCAUUAGGUCAAUGACAGCAUUCAGAGGAGAAAGCAAAGUUAUAAAAUUGUUUGCAAAACACAUAAAGGUCCAGGAGCAGGUGAAGUUGUUAGAGAAGCGUGUCGUGCAUCUGGGUGUAGGAACUCCAGGGAGAAUUAAAGAACUCAUUAAACAAGGUGGCCUUAACUUGAACCCCUUAAAGUUUCUGGUUUUUGACUGGAACUGGAGAGAUCAGAAGUUGAGAAGAAUGAUGGACAUUCCCGAGAUAAGAAAGGAGGUUUUUGAACUUCUAGAAUUGGGAGUACUCAACCUAUGCAAGUCAGAAUCCUUGAAGCUAGGCCUUUUCUAAUUCUGGAUCCUAAUGAAGACUCCAGUCUUCACAGUGGAAUUUGCAUCUUAUUUAAUGAUGUUGGCACAUUGCAAGCACUCAGUAAAUCAACUAUUUCUUUUUGUUAUAUUAACUGCAUCACUGGGAAUACUUGAUGGGGAGUCUCUGAAAAAAAUGAAUCUAUGCUUUUGCCUAUCCCCUUGUAUAAUAAAGAAUCACCAGGC